AUCGUAUUGGUAUCUUCUUUUUUUUAUAUUUGUACCUUUAAGUUGAAUGAUUCAUACAAUUGCACCGUCCGGCACCUCUAUUGACACGUAUGUAACGCCGUUUCAUGAGCGUUAUUCUUCUCCGGCUAUGCUUUCAUUGUUUUCGCAGCGAAACCGCAUUAAUCUUUGGAGAAAGUUGUGGAUUGAUCUUGCAACAGCUCAGCGCGAAGCAGGUCUUGAGCAAAUCACAGAUAUUGCUCUUGAAGCUCUUAAAAGGCAUUCAGAGAUUACAGAUGAGGAGCUAGAAAUUGCGCGUAAUGAAGAGAAACGCUGCAAACAUGAAGUAAUGGCGCAUAUUUAUACAUAUAUUAAGGUAGCACCUGAGGCAAGUAGUAUUUUACAUUUAGGUGCUACGUCUUGUUAUGUUAUGGACAAUGCAGAUCUAAUUGUUAUGCGGGAUGGGUUGGAUAUUGUAUUAAACAAGCUAGCAAAUGUAAUACAUCGACUUUCAACGUUUUGUAGGACGUAUAAAGGACUUCCUAUGCUUGGAUAUACACAUUAUCAACCGGCACAAUUGACGACAGUUGGAAAACGGGGGGCAUUAUGGCUUCAGGAUUAUGUUUGGGAUCUAAGAAAUUUAAAAAGAGCAAAGGAAUGUCUUUGUUUUAGAGGGGUUAAAGGAACAACGGGUACACAGGCAUCAUUUCUUGCAUUAUUUGAUCAAGAUCAUGAUAAAGUAAAACAAGUUGAACAACGUGUAGCAGAAUUAUCAGGAUUCAGUCGUACAUAUCUAAUAACAGGGCAAACAUAUUCUAGAAAAGUAGAUAUUGAUAUCUUAGGACCAUUAGCAUCAUUUGGUGCAUCUGCACAUAAAAUGGCAACAGAUCUUCGAUUAUUAGCAAAUGAAAAGCAAAUAGAAGAACCAUUUGAUAUAGGUCAGAUUGGAUCAAGUGCUAUGGCGUACAAACGAAAUCCAAUGCGAUCAGAAAGAAUUUGUGCACUAGCAAGACAUUUAAAUGUAUUAUACUUGGAUGCAACAAUGACUCAUUCAGUGCAAUGGUUUGAAAGAACAUUGGAUGACAGUGCAAAUAGAAGAAUAUGUAUUCCUGAAGCAUUUCUUGCUGCAGAUGCAAUAUUAGAGCUAUUGAUGAAUAUAACAUCAGGGUUAAUUGUAUAUCCAAACGUUAUUUCCAAGAUAAUUGCAAAAGAGCUCCCAUUCAUGGCAACAGAGAACAUUAUUAUGGCAAUGGUACGCAAAGGUGGUGAUCGUCAAAUAUGUCAUGAAAAGAUUAGAAUCCUUUCAAGAGAAGCAUCAUAUAUGGUGAAAGAAGAAGGAAAAGACAAUGAUCUGAUUGAAAGAAUACAAAAGGAUGUAUAUUUUGAGCCCAUCUGGUCAGAGUUAGACGCUUUAUUAGAUCCAAGUACAUUUAUUGGACGUGCACCUGAACAAACUGAACAAUUCCUAAAUACAGAAGUCGAGGAAGCACUUGAACCUUUUAGAAAUCAUCUAACUGACCGGGAAGUUGAUUUAACUGUUUAACACUGUUUUUACUUGUAAUUAUGGACCAAAUAUGGGAAUCUUGU